AUGUAGAAAUAAUUAGCUAAAAAGAAGUAUAUUCCAUUGAUUGUACAGAAGUUUACUCCUAUUAAAGAAAUAGAAGCUAAUGUAAUUCCUACUGGUUUUACAAUAGAUGAAUGUACAUCAUUUAGUAUAUACUUAAAGGAUAUUAACAAUAUCAUAGAGAAUACUACAAAGCAAUAGGAUGAAAAGAUAGUUUUGAGAGAUGAAAGUGUUUAAAAAGUGUAUGAGAUUCAUAGAUAGAUAUUAUAAUACGUGAAUGACUUUUUAUAAAUAUUCAUUGAGUAAUUUAAUCAAAAAUUUUCAAUGUUUUUUGUGAAUUUUAAUUCAGAUAUACCUUUGCAUCUUUUAGAUUUUAAUGGAUCAGAUACUUUUACUUUAGUGAUGAAAACAUAGAAUAAGCCUUUAAUGCAAAACGGAAUAAUUUUUUGGAAAUCUAUGAUUACAAAUUUAUAACAAGUACUAUAAAAGUAUAAAAUAGCUACAUUAUCAAGCAUAUAUUUCGGUAAUAUAUGUGUUAGCUUUUAUGAAAAUGAAGAAAAUUAAUUUGAUUAUUACUUUUUUGGGUCUGCAAUAAAUGGAUCUAUUAGAGGAUGCAAAUUAAGUAAAGCACUGGACUUGCAAUUAAAUCUCCUUUUGCAUUAAGAUUUCGCUAUCAAUUUUGAGCAUAAAACAAAUCUUAUGAAAUAUAUGUUGAAAAAGAAAGACUCUUCAAAUGUUAAAAUUACUGAUGCUACUAUUCUGAGUUCUUUUUAUAUAGUGCCCUACUCGUCAAUAAAAGAUAACAAGAGUACUUAAUUCUCAUGUGAUUAAUAAUACAUACAAUCUAUAUAAUCUGCUGAUAUAAAUGAUGGAGACUAAGAGAAAAUUAUGAAAAAAGUAAAGAUUCUAACUGAAAAUCAAGAAGGCUUUGAGGCAGUUAGCUUUAUAAAAUUGGUUUUUUCAAUUUAGCCAGAACACUUACACUCUAAUAGUUUUGACAAUAACAUUAGUUAAAGUAAGUUAAGCUCAACUAAGAAAGAGCCAAUUUAAAACACAGAGAAGCAUUACAGAAAAAGUUGCUUAGAAGGAAUUAAUUGGGAUAUUGAGAGAAGAAAUGUGGCUGUUAAUUUAAAUUAAAUUAUGAACAAAAUAUAAGAAUUAGUUGAAACACUAAGCUUAUAGUAUGAUAGUGUUUUCUACUGCGCGUUUUAAAAUUUACUCACAAUUAGAUUGAUCGUAAGAAAUAAAAUUGAUUAUUAUUCAAGAGCUGCUUUAUUCGUUAGUGUUUUAUAGCAAUUGUAGAUUUAAAAUAUAAAAAAAUUGAGAGCUUCUUCUUAGUUAGCUUUUUUUUAUACUAUAUUUUUUCAUUAAUUCCCCUCACAAGAAUAGCAGAGUAAUUCUAAAGAUUUGCUUUUUACUUCUUUUUCAAAUCAUAGUCUGAGAGACAAAAAAGUUUAAUAUAUUUCGAAAUAAGAAGGUGUAGUGCAGUAUAAUUUAGAUAUAGUUAACUAAUACUUUCGUGAAAACCCAAAUAACUAGCUUUCCUUUAAAACUCAUUGGAAUCCUAUUUUGAAUCACACUUAAUGCUACUAAAAUGCUUCGAUUUUUUUAGAAAAAAGAAGUACAAUUAUUAUUAAAUUAAAAGAGUAUUUGAAUUAGCCAAUCAACACUUCAAAUGGUUAUCAAAAUCAAAUGAUUUUGAUUGAAGGUGAUUUUGGAUCUGGAAAAAGUAGUUUUAUGCAACUUUUAAGCAAUGAUAUAGCUAAUUCAUUCAAAAUAGGACAGUGUGUAGUAUUUACAAAGUCUUUAAGAGGAAGUCUAAUGAAUGAAAUAAAAUAAAGAAAUGCUCCGCCAAGCCAAGUAGUGAUCAGAUAACCUUAAAGAAGAAUCCUUCUUAAUACUUUUAACGAUAUUUUAAUUAUGCAAUGCUAGAAAUAUAUAUAAAAAUUAGAAGAAUCAUAUUUACAAUUACAAAAUUAAGAUUAUAAAUAGUAAAUUGCUUAAUAGAUUAAUCAAACGCUUAUUUUAUAAACAUUUUUAACAAGAGACACAUCUAAAAUGUAAUUAAAAUCGCUCGUUCUUCAAAAUGCUUCCUUGAAUUUAGGAGAUUUAUAGCAAGAACAAAAAUUAUUGUAUCAAGAAAAUAUGCAGAAUGAGAUAAUUUAAAUAAUUUUUGCUAUGCUUUAAGAAUAUCUGUUGAGUUUGAAUACUAAACUAAUUAUUUUUAUGAUAGAUGAUCUCUAAUAUUAAGAUAAAUGGUCUUGGAGUAUAUUGCAGAAAAUUUAAUCAAGCAUUUAGAAUAGUUAUAAAAUAAUAAUUAUUGGAACUUUUAGGUUCCAUUUACCAACUGAGAUCAAUGAAGAUAUAGCUACUUAUACAUAAUUAGAACCUUAAAUAAUCCCAAUGAUAAGAACAAGCUAACAGCUCUACAAAAAUAACGAGUUUCUUAAUUAGUAAAUAAAUAAACUUACUACUCAAAAUAAUUCAAUAAGAUUAAAUAUUAACCAAAUUGGGUUCUAAGAAUAGAAGAAGCUUGUUAUUUCUGCUAUCGAAAACUUUUAUACUGUUAAGAUAGAUGAAAAUGAAUCAAAAAAGGCCUUAGACUUCAUUUUAAUUUACUUAUUUAGAAGAUAUUAGUGCAAUACUCCUCAAAAAAUAUUGUUAUUACUUCACACCAUGUGUAAAUGUGCUUUAAUAAUUGUUUUUUAAACAAAUUAAAAUUAAGAUUAAAGCUACGAAAAGAAGAGAAUUUCUUAAAUGAGCGAGUCACUCAAGUCGAAUAAAUAGCAAGAUAACAAUUUAGAUUAAAUACUUUAAAAUUAGCCUUCAAGCAAUAAUAUUAAAGAGGCAAAUGAUCCAAAGAUAUAAGUAGCAGCAUUUGAAAUAAAUGAAAAUUUUUAAAAUUUAGAAGACAACAUAUUUGAAAGUCCUUUUGAUUGCCCUUUAUAUUUCAUGAAUUUAAAUAAUUCAAUUUUUUUUAAUUUGUUAUUUGAAAGACAAAGUUAAAUGAUUCUAUUACCCAAAUAGAAAUAUUUUAGUAAUCAAGUUAAUUAAUCAUAAAUUAGCUUGAACGAAGACUUCUCAGUAAGCAGUUCAUAAAACUAUUUAAAAGACUCAAAGGAAGUUUCACUGAAAAAUAGAAGUAAUUUAAUUUGGUUAGUCUUAUCACUGCAAGGAUAAAAACUUAACUAUGAAAAAUUAAGAUUCUUCUUACAAAAUUAUUUCUAUCUGCCUGAAGAGUAAAUUACAGAAACCAUUACUGAAAUGUAUUUGUUUAGGUUGAUUUGUUUAUAGUCUAACGAAAAUGAAGGAUAGAACUAAAAUUAAACUAACUAAUAACGAAAAAAGAAAUCACUAAACUCCAGUUUUAUAUCCUAACAAAACUCUUAGAACUUUGUUAAUAUAGAAGAAAACAAAUUAAAUUUAUCUCAUUUGGAAAAAUAAAAGCAAAACAAAACGCUUCAAUUUUAUUGGAAUGAUAACCUUUUUUUCCUUCUUAAAUAGUCAUUAAAGUAUAAAUUAAGCUUAAGGUUAAAGCUGCUACUUCAUAAAUCUUAUUUUGAUUGCAUGAGUGAGCUACUUUAGAAAUUGUAUCAAAAUGGAGCUACAAACACCUUAGAUUUCGCAGAAUUAUAUAUGGAGCUAAUACAUCACAAUUCACAGUAUUAGCCAGAAAAGAAUGACACACUACUUAAAAAAAUAUCUCCUUAAAUCACAUACUUAUUUAGAAAGAGAAUUUAUUACCAAGGCUAGGUUUAAAAAUUUUCUUCUACAAUUCAAGGAAUGGCUAAAUGCUAAAUAAAAAUGAACUCACAAAUGCUGUAUAUUUACAAAGAAGACCAAAGAGAUUAAUUUGAUUAAUUCGAGAAUUAUUCACCAGAAAAGAAGGAUUUAGACACUUCUUCUGUGAACAAAGAUAAAACUUAAACAAAAUUUUAAGACACAAUAAAUUAAAUCAAAGCUGAUUUGAUGCUCUCAACUGCUAGAUUCUAAAAUAUUAGAUCAAUAUGGUCAAUAAGCAAAUACGAUUAUACUUAUGAGCUCAUACCUGAAAAGCUAAUGAUAAAAAUUUACGUUUACCACAUGACAAAGCAUUAAUCUAUAGGAGACAAAAAAACGUAAAACAAAGCUUUAGCAUUAACUUUCCCAUCCUAACAGGCAUACAACACCUUUUAUACAGCCCUAAUCUACUUGUAAGCUGAGCCAUAUAAUCCAAAUUUUUCAUUCGAAAAGAGAGAUAAUUACUAAAAUUAUGUUUAUUCAAUAAGAUACCCAUUACUAAAGUCGCUUUCUGUGAUCUAUGAUCCUCUACAAAAAACAGAUUUGAUAAACUAAAUUCCUUACUCUUAAUUAUCUGAUAGUGCUUAAUCUUUGUAUUAUAUAUUUAGAAAGUAAGACUACAUCAAAAAGCACUAAUCUAUAAAUAAAAUUAAAAACCUUAUAUAUUCUUUGAUUCCCAAAGGAUUGCUUGCUUUAUAAAUUUAGUCUAUUCAGUCACCAAGGAAAAGUGUAAAUCACAUAGCAAUAUCUCCAUAAAAAUCUCCUAAUGUUUCAUAAAAUAAAAUCAACGUCGAUGAGUUUUAAUAAAAAAUUUUUGAAGAGCAAGUAAAAAAUUAGUUGAUAAAUUCAAAUAUCAAAUAAAAAAAUAUUUCUAAAGAUAAUUCUUUAAUUAUUGAAAAACUUAAUUAAAGUCAUUCAAUUGACUAAAAUUUAGAACCUUUAGAUGCUGAUAGAGAUAGAGGGGUUGUAACACAUUAAAAAUCUCCAUAAACUAAAUAAUUUAUGAAAUAACCAACUCUAUCAUAUGAAGACUAAUUUGUUGGUUAAAGCCAGCAAGAAAAGCUAUUUGAAUUAAAAGUUUUAAAUGAAAAUUAACCAGAAACUGGUAAAUUUAACACUUUGGAAGGAAUAAAUCAUGUCUAAGAUGAUUUCAAUAGUUAGGCUAAAUAAAUAUUGAUUAUAAAUAACUUUGAUUAAACAGGGACUUUUAGAAAAUAAUCUCAAGAUAACAAUUAAGUAGAUUAAAAAAGCAGCAGUUAAUAAACUAAAAAUAUGAAUAUUUCUCAGUCAAAUAUGAAAUAGCUUCACAUUAUCUAGGAAGAAGAUUUAAAAUAAGGAGUAAGAAGUAGUACUAAACUUUCUCAUAAAAAUAAUAGUAUAAACAUAAAUCAUGACUAAUCAUCUAUAUAUUAAUAAUAAUUGGAUAAUGAAAUUUUCGAACAAAUAGAGUCAGAAAGAACUUAAUAUUAGUAACUCUUAUAUCAAGAACAAGUGGAAUAAUUUAACAGAAAUCAUUAAAAUAUAGAGAAUUAGUAUAACUAAUUUGCUUAAUAAAAUAACCAUUAUAACAGCAAUUCAUACAAUGGCAAUAUAUAAAACAACCAAAUUCCUUUUAAUAAUAAUUUGAUAACUCAUCAGAAAGCUAUGAAUCAGCUAAAUGUUACAAAUUAAGGAAUUAUAACUCCUAUGAAUUAUUCUGAUAUCAAAACCAAUUAAAAGUCAUCAGGACUUUAUCAUCCAUAGGCAAUAACUUAAAACUAGUAAAUAGACUUAAGAUAAAUUCCUUUACAAAUGUCAGUAACAGCAAAUAACGAAUCAGCAUACAAUAUAAUCCAAGAUAUAGAAGAUGAAGAAAACCCCUUUUAAACUGGUAAUGGCAUUAAAACCCUAUAACUUUAACUUUCUACAAUUCAAUCAGCAACAAAAAGUAGAUCACCUUCUCCAUUUUAAAGAAAUUCCUAGCUAAAGGUUAACUAACCUCUAAGUUACUAUUCAAGCUAAAAAUCUAAUACAGCAACUCCAAAUAAAGCAUCUAAUUUUAAAUGCAAAACGACUGAUUUUCAGAAUAUUUAAUAAGGUUUUAACAAUCCUCAAGAAGUUCAACACUCAAAUGGAAUUUAGUAUUAGCAAGGCUAGAAAAAUGAAUCAACUAAAUAAAAAUCUUUAAACAAUAUUAAUUUGUCCUAUUCAGAUUUAGGAAGCAAGUAACAGUACUAAAAUAAUCAAACUUAUGUUUAAUCAGCAAAUAAUCUACAAAAUUAAUUUAGUCGCGACUCACAUAAAAAUAACUCAUUUAAGCAAAAAACAUAAUAUUAGAGAAGUAACGAGUAAACGCUGAUAGAUUUAAAAUUUUAACAAGAUCUAUAAAAAAGACUGGAAUAAGUUCGUCUUAAUUAAGAUGAAUUUUAAAAAGCUUGUGAGCUCAUUGGAAAUUAACAAUAGGAUGACGUUAACUAAAAUAAUUUCUUGAAUUAUGAUUCAAAUUAAUUAGGAGAAUUACCAUUGCCUGUUUAUAAGGAAAGAUAUCAAGAAGGUAGUAAAAAUAUUGAAAUAUUUCCAAGCGAAAGAUCUGACUAAUAUUAAAUCGAAGAUGAGAUUCCAGUAGCUUAAGAAUAGAUGGGAAUUUAAGGUUAGUUACCAAGCCAAGGUUCGAAGUUAAAUAUUGCAAUUGUAGAAGAUUAAAUAAAAUCUGCCAGUAAUAAUCAAUUGUCACAUAGCUAAAAUAAUAGUAGAAUAUUAAAUUCAUAAGUUAUGCAGGAUAUUAAUUAGUAGCCGAUACUUUAUGAAAAUAAAAUUAAUAAGUAAAACGCUUCAUUAUUAAAACAAAAAAUAUUUGAUACACCACAACAAAAUAUUUCAUAAGGUAAUUUAAAUCUUAAUAACUCAUAAUUGUCAAGCAACUAAUUAUAAAUAUAGCAAAACAAAAACUCUUCAAAAUAAACAGAAAAUUAAAAAAACCACCAAAACUUACAUUAAAAUUAAAGCUCUUCUAAGAUAUAACCAAAUGAUAAUUUAGAUUAAAAAAUAACAGUCAAAUAAGUUGAUUAAAAAUUCUAAUUUGAAGAAAAAAAGUAAUUUUUAGAAUAAUAAUAAAAUACAUAAUCAAAUCAAAUAAAUUUAUCAUAAUAAAAUGAUAAAAAGCAGCAAUAGAAGCCAUAAUAAGAUAUUAACAAUAUAGUUACUGUUUAAUCACAAUAAAAGUAAAAUAUUUAAUAAAGUAAAGAAUAUUAAAAUACCAAUCAUGAAAUAAGUUAAACUCGUGAAAUAUCAUAAUCAUCAAAUAGAAUAUAGAAUGUAUAUGUAGAUGAUUAUACAUCAAAUAGAAAUUUUUAAACUCCUUCAAACUUAAAUGCCUAGUUUAUUAAAUAACCAUAGAAUUCUGUAUAACCCUAGAUGACUUCAUCUGCAUAACUUAGAGCCUAAAAACAAAACGAGAUGAUACAAAAAAAGAAAGAAAACUUAAAAAAAUAUCAGUCUCAGCAAAGUUAGCAUUCAAAUUCUUCAAAGAUUAUGAAAGAUAGUAGAGUAGAUUCAUAGUGUUAUGUUGAAAAUGAAUUCACUGAUGCAGAUUCAAGAAAUAUUUCAUAAUUCCUUUAUGAGUCUAAUUAUAUAUCUCCUAUAAAUGUGACUUAGUCAAUGGAAAUCUAUGAUUAAGAUUCUUAUAUUGGAAUUAUAAUUUAGCCCUGCUAAACACUCUAAGGAGAAAAAUUCAAUUUGAAAUAGGAUGACUGUGUGAUAUUUAAAUUUUUGAAUGAAAAAAUAUGUGAAGUUCAUUUUGAAGGUCGUAUUGGUUGUAUUUCUCGAAACAAUAUUAAAGUAGUGCAGAGGGCUUAGUAAUUUUUGAAAAAUUUAAGCAGCUAUAAUUCACAAAAGAAAAAGCAGCUAAAUGAUUCUGCAUUAAAUAAUGUUCAUAAGAUCUUAACUGAUAUAGAUAAAAAGUGA